GCCAUUUCGCACUUUGGAUGAAGGGCUUUGAGCACACGGAUAUCAGUAUUGACCACCUGCUCUAUGACCCCAUCACUCGAAAAGGUGUCCUGAAUGUUUUCGAUUUGGCUAGGAUCCGCUUGGACGAUAACAAUCAGGCGACAGGGCAGGAACGGACUGGCACCAUCCCCUUCAUGGCAAUGGAUCUCCUCUCAAGAGAGUAUUUCCGCGGAGAGAUCGUGCGCCUGUACCGCCAUGAUUUCGAGUCAUUCCUUUGGAUCCUGGCCUAUAGGCUGCUGCGUGGAGCCAGUGGCCAGAAUACAGACGUGGGAAAAUGGAACACUGGGAAUUACAUAGAUUGUCGUUUCGCCAAGAGCGACUUCCUCACGACACAAAUGGAAACACGGCAAGUCUUGGAUGAUGAUAAUGCACGGGUUUGGAAAAGCGUCGGGGUUGGAUUGUUUAGAUGGUUCGAUGAAAAACUUCACGUCAUGGGGCGCUUGCGUGGUUUGAAGGAUCAGGAACCAGAAGAGCUGUCAUGGAGUGACCUCGAAGAGAUAAAUCGAUGGGACGAUCCGUCCAACCAGUCGUCCACGCAGGUUCUCAAAGACGCUGAGGGUGUCAUUGCGACGCGCUUGGCUAAGGCGGGUUCCUCCAUUCCCUUCAAGUUCCAACCGCUUUCUGACGAAGAGCUCCAACGGCAUCUCCCUUCUCCAUCAACUCCCAUUCAUCCGUAGUCUGCCAACGGACGAAGAAACACGUGGAGAACGUUCGCUGUGUUCCCCACAGACACAGAUGAUAUUAAAUGGCAGGCCAGGGAUGCUGCAUGCUGAGACGCACCCGUGCUUCGCCCGCUGUAACGUCCACGUCGAGCGGGCAUAGACAUCGUCGCCUUAAUCACCCACGCUUACGAACCGAUAGUGGGUAGCGGACGACCUCGGCAUGAUGUCCAUUUGUCACAUCUCCCUAUUUGCAUGUGAAUUAGCAAUUUUUCGUACAUUUUAUAACAGCAUCAUCCGUUUCGGAGGUGCCAACCUCAAGC